GCAGCCCUGGCCGACUACCUGUUUGUCCAUUCAGUAUCCUUGUGGCCACGGAAUGAGUCAGCUGGAGGAGACCACAACCAACGCACGCCUCAGAUGGAUCUGCAUCUGUGGCCUGGCCAUCUCCCUGUACUCGCUGUACGUCAAGUGGCAGCUGGACCACAAUGCGGACUACGUGGCCAUGUGUGAUCUGGCGGAGAAGGUUAGCUGCACGGCGGUGUUCAAGUCAGACUAUGGCCGUGGCUUUGGCCUGACGCAGCUGCUCUUUGGCUCCACCUCCAGCUCGUAUCUGAAUCCCCCGAAUGGCGCCAUUGGCAGUGUCUUCUAUGUGCUGCUCUUUGUCAGUUCCUUCUUCGAGCAUCGCUGGCUGUGCCUGCUGCAACUUUUGCUGUCCAUUCUGACGCUUCUUCUCUGCUUCUAUCUGGGACUGCUGCUCCUGUUCGUUCUGUUCGAUUGCUGUGUGGUCUGCCUGCUCAUCUAUGUGCUGCACACGCUGCUCUUCCUGGAGGUCCAUGGGCGUUACAAGCGACUCCACUUAGAGCCCAGCCAGAAGUUGGCCCUUGAGUGAAUUCGUGUACAAAACUGCAGAUUAAAAAGUGAAUCUAGAAGC